AUACUUGUACGAGAAGUUCAUGGUCCGUAAGCAAUUAUCGAAGAGGUUCUUCUUCUUAUCCCCCCAUGUAACAAGCUUUCUAGUUAAAAAGGACGAGCAAAUAAAAGCAAUUGUUGAUUUGCUUGUUGAUAAUAAUGCAAAGGAUAAGUUGGUUCUUGCGCCAUAUAAUACAUCGGUCCACUGGGUGUUGUUGGCUAUUAAUUUGAAGGCAGAGACGAUAUAUCAUUUAGAUCCUAUGCACAAGGAUCCUGAUCCACAUAUGACAGAUGUGUUUAACAUCGUAUUACGAGUUUUUCGGGCUCAAAUCGGGGUGGUCUCCAAAAAAUCAAAAUUACACUUAAGAUGGAAAAAUAUUAAGUGUCCCAAACAAGCUAACAGUGUGGAUUGUGGGUAUUACGUUUUGAAAUUUAUUAAAGACAUAAUUAUUUCAGAUGAAAUGAUAAUCCCAGAUGAGUACUAUCCUAAUUACAAGUGCGUUCAAUUAUCUGAGGAGCAAGUAGAUGAAGUUCGAGAAGAAUGGGCAAAAUAUGUUAUUCAGAGGUGU